CGUUGUUGGAGUGUGUUGUGUCGCGCAUGCGCCAAUUUCGAACUGUCAUACGAACGUAAAUAAACAAGUGAACAUUUUGUGCCAAAUACUUUAUAACUUUUCUUUUGUUUUAAUUAGAAAGGUGUUUUAAAAUAGUGUCUGACCUUGGCUGUCUCUAUAACAAAUUAAAAAAAGGAAUGAGAAAACGUCAUUAGAAGCCCAAAAAUGCACCUACAAACUGUCUUAGCUUUAAGCGCAAUUCUGCUUUGCGAUGCAAAACUGCCAAAAUUAAAUCAACACAUUUUCCCAAAUGAACUAUCAUUGAAACUCGAACAGAACUCGCAAGGUUUUAUAAACAUUAAAAAUGAAAAGACAAGUCGAAUAGUCGAUCAAUACAAAGUGCGACAUCGGCGGGAAGUGUUCGAUUCGAACGCGUUCGAAUCUCGUUUGAAUUGGACGCAUAUAGAAAGUUUGGACGAAAAUGGUGAUUUCGUGCUGAAAUGGAUAAGUUCAAACUCAGGAGUGACUUUUAGACUGGAAGCGAAAACCACUGGUUACGUCGGUUUGGGGUUAAAUUCAGCAAGUAAUAUGAGAGGCGCCGACCUGGUAGUCGCCUGGGUUGACGACAGGAACGAGAGAGCUCAAAUUUUGGAUUGCCACGGCCUUCACCACGACGGAGAAGUGGUAGCUGACGAAGUCCAGAAUUACGAGUUGAUCUCAGGCCAUCAGAACAGAACCCACACGGUCGUAGAAUUCAGGCGUCCAUUCAACACUAAUGAUAAGGAGGACUAUAUUAUUAACGAUCACACAAUUCAAGUGCUCUGGGCUCUAGGGCCGCCAGGGUCUGAUGGAGAGCUUCCUAAACACGUGAAGAGUGGUUCCAAGCCUUUGCGACUUAUUCAAGCCUUGUCUAAGCCAGAGACCAUACCGCUGAUGCAUUGGGAUGUCGCUCUUAAAAAUAUAACGAUACCCAACUACCAAGCUACCCUCUUCUGGUGUAAGAUCAUCAAAGUUCCUGAUCUCCCGACCAAGCACCACAUCGUUGGUUACCAGCCUCUAAUCGACAGUAAACCCAUCAGAGAUGGAAAACCAGUUAACGAGAAGAUCAGCUCUCCUGUUCACCAUAUGGUGCUGUACGAAUGUGCUGAUGACCCUGACACGUACACCUGGAAUGUGUGGGCCCAGGAUAAUGGCAGCUUUGGACCAAAUAGGCCGAUUGAGUGGGCGAUCUGCGCUACCCCUAUUGCCGCGUGGGCUAUGGGGUCUAAAGGGGAAUUCCUGCCUGAAAACGUGGGCAUCCCCCUGGGGGGUCGAGGAGCCGUGCAGUAUUAUAUGCUGGAGAUACAUUACGACAACAACGCUUUGCAUGAAGUUUUAGAUAACUCCGGUAUCAGAGUACUAUACACACCGGUGUUAAGACAACAUGACGGCGCUUUGCUCGGCGCCGGGAUAGGUGUGUCUGCAUUGCACCUCAUACCGCCGAAACAGCCUCAAUAUAGAACCGUUGGCAUUUGCAGCUCGGAGUGCACUUCUAGUAUAAUGCCAGAAACAGGAAUAAACAUUGUAUCGGUGCUUUUACACGCGCAUGGCACCGCUAGGAAGAUUGCGCUGAGACACGUGAGGGAUUCAACGGAGUUACCCAUCAUAUCAGAGGAGAGUGCCUACGACGCAAGAUAUCAGCAGUCUCGCGUAGUUCCAGGGGGCAGGAAGUUCAUGAAGGGGGAUAUUCUCAUUACUGAAUGCACUUACGACACUACUUCUAGGGAUAAACCUAUUCUUGGCGGCUAUUCUACGUCACAGGAGAUGUGCCUGUCAUUUGUGCUGUACUACCCUCGCACCGAACUCGCCGGCUGCUACUCCAUGACUCCAGUUGAGGAGUUCUUCGAAACAUUCGGCGUCACGGAAUUCUAUUACCUCUCCAUGACCAGCAUUCAGAACGUUUUCCUCUCAUCUGGAAGUUUAGAAAACUUGACUAUACCUGUGGAGAUGGAGAUGAGGCUGGCUGCCCAAGAGGAGACCAGAAUCUUCCAGGGAGAUGAUCAAGGAGUUAGCUUUUUAGAAUCCCUUGUCAUAAAGAAUCCCACUGAAUUCCGCAACAAGACUUUCAUGGCGCAUUUGAACGAGAUGCAGUGGUCCGAGCCCCUCCUGACCUCGCAAAUUGAAAGGAGACUUACGGACAAAGGCUUCCAUAUGAUGUUCUGCAAGAAACGUGACGACACCUGGGCAGUGCCUAUACAAAUUCAAGAAUACCCUUUGUACAAGGAGUUAACGAACGGUAUAUCAAUAGCUGAAAAAAAUUACAAAGGCGUCAAACUGCCUUCGGUAACACCAGCGGCAGGGUCAGCCGUCUCAGUCCGCCAUUUUGACGUGGCCGCCAUCUUGUUUUUGGUAAUCUCGAUCAUAGUUGCACGGUAAUAUAAAAAUAGCUAUAAUUUUUUUUAAGUACAUACAGAGCCAAUGAUGUUUCUAUGUUGUUUUUAUUCUUUUUGUUUUUUAUAAAAACACUUUCUGUUGAUAACUCGAUAAUUGACAUCUAAAUAUAGUAUUAUUUUGCCAAAUUGUGUAUUGUAGAUGGCAAAUCUCAACUAAACUUACUAGUGUUUGGACCUAACCAAAGGUUAAAGGUUCGUCUCUUUAGUUUUAAGUGUAUGAAAGAUUUUGUGAUUUUUGUACUUAUGUGUGGAAGAUUUUGCUCAUAGAAUAACAUUAAACUGAAAAUGCACAAAUACAUACAAUAGGCAGGUACCUACCCAAAGUGCACACUUAUUACUAGACGUAUUAACUAUAAAUUUGUAAUUUAUAUAUUUUAUUUUCGCCAUGAAAUUGUUUUGUAUGUAUCUUGAUGAAACAUAUCAUUAUUGAGCCUGUACAUAAACCAAUCUGACUUCUUUCAGGAUUUGGUGUAUACUUUUAAAAUAUUAUUUAUACUUUUUAGACAAUACCCUAAUGCCAAAUAAAACUCAAUAAUUUGAUUUAAAUGUAUUAAUGCAAUCACAUUUGAAAUUGAUUUGUUUUCACACAACUUCCUUUAUUAUAUCCAAUAUAAUAAUAUAUCCAAUAUUUUUUAUUAUUAUGUUUUCCACGCUUCAUUUAACAAUGCAUUUAAUGACAUUUCCAAUAAAAUGAAAAUUCCAAUAAAGUGUUUCAAGAUAAAAUGUUAUUGUAGUCUGUUAAUAUACUGUAGCAAUCAUGUUUAUUAAUGUUAAGAAGUGUAUGAAUAUUCAGCAAUAAAAAGGGGCUGUAUUUUUGUAGUGUUAAAAUUAGAGCAGACCUUGUAUAUUUUUUAGAUUGAUCGUAUUUUGCCUGUGUUUGUCGAUCAAACCAAUGUUAAAUAAGUACUGCAAAUCUGUCAGCUAUCCCUGCACGCCAUUUUGAUGCGGCAGCCAUCUUGUCUUUGGUCAAUCCAUAAGAAAUGGCCUAAUUUUGAUUCCUAUAAUGUCAUUGGCACACUCAAUUCGUGGACCAGAAUAGAUUCAACAGAUUUAAAAAAUCUUGAAUAGAUGUAGUAGGUAAUAUUGUGUAGUUUUAUCUGCCUAGAAUUUAUCUGUGUAAAAAUAUAUUAGAAAUAUACACGUGUGUCUGGGAGGUUCUUUACAAGUGAUUUACAUAAUAAUAAGUAUAAAGUCUUAAUGCCUUCAUAAUUAAGUCUUUUUAAAAGCAAUUGUAUGGUCAGUGACUAUUUUUCUUAUAAGUUAAUUUUGCAAAAUACUUAGGUAUGUUCAGGGCUGUGCUUGUAUGCUCUACAUUAGGUGUCUGACUCGUGAAUACAUCUUUGUGAUGAGGUGCGUGAGAAAGAAAAAUAACGCUAAAGAGCAAAGAAAUAAAAAUACACUACAUAACGUCCAUCUCUCCCAGAAGAUGCGUUCUGAUAUAGAUUACGUUCGCUACAAAUAAACUGUGAUGAUUGGUUGAUGGUCAGCUAGAACUAAUUUUUCAAACAACCGUUUGGUAUUCUGGAAUGCUAGAAGCAUUUAUUAAAAUCUGGGUAUUUAUUGGAAAAAAAGUCUUUCAUUUGUAUUGUUUGACUUUAUGGUAGUGUGUAUGUAUACUAUAAAACGCCGAUAAAAUUGCGUUUUGCUCGACUUAUCAUCAGGUGUGUCGAUUUUGUUUGCUUUCUUCGUGUGUAAAGAAAUAUUUUCGUGGAUUUCGCCAUAAAAGUAAAUUACACGAUGUUGACACCGAAUUAUUAUUCCUUAUUCUGCAAUUUUUAAAUAUUUAUAAUACCUAAAAUAUGCCUGGAUGGUAUAAAUGUAAAAAUUGUAGAAUAAGAUUAUUUCCGAAACGAUCAAUUAUUUGAGUCAUAAUGUAAGAAUAUGCAUUUUACUAUGUUCUAGUUUAUACUUGUUUUUCUAAGGAUUUAGUUUUUAAGACUACGCUUAGUAAUUAAUUUUUAUUUAUUUAAAAAGUCAAUAUAAUGUGUUUUAUU